AUGCCGGCGAUUGGCUUUGGCACCUGGCGGCUUUGGGCGAAGGAGGCCUAUCAACCCGUCCGCUUGGCCUUGGAAGCUGGCUAUCGACACAUCGACACAGCGGAAGGCUAUGCAAAUGAGGCAGAGAUCGGCCGUGCCAUUCUGGACAGCGGCAUCCCGAGAGAUGAGAUAUUUCUGGCAACGAAAGCCUCGUCAGGCGAGAAGCUCGGGAUGAAACCGGAGGAUACCAUGCACAUCAUGCAGCCCUCCCGGCUGCUGGGUGAAGAGCGAAGUCCAGACCUGCAAGAAUACGCGAUCGUGGGCAUCGAAGGCACAGGUCGUCCUGUGGUUCGCAACGGCUUGAUGAAUAGCAUCGAGCAUGCCCUGGGCAUGGACAACAACGUCAAGCUGAUUGAAUUGUUGCUAGCAUCAGUUUAUGUGGUGGAGGUGAUCCUCAAACUCAUGGUGCACAGGUUGUACUAUUUCUGGAACAACGAGAUGGCUUGGAAUUGGUUCGAUUUCAUUCUUGUCGUGUUCUCCAUCUUUGAGAACCUUCUGGUCUAUGACCUGCUACCAGGACAGAACAGCUCGCCAGACACGCCAUCCAGUGUCAAUCUAAGCUUUUUGCGGCUGAUUCGUCUGUGCAAGAUUGUGAAGAUUUUGCGUGUGUUUCGAACUUUGAAAUUCUUCAGCGAGCUCCGGCUGAUGCUGGACUGCGUGCUGGGGUCUCUCAUGAACGUGAUGUGGUGUGUCAUCAUGCUGGUGUUUGUGAUGUAUGUGUUCGGGCUUUUGCUGCAGCAGGGCAUCGUGCAGUAUUUCAUGGAGGAAGCGGUGGUAAGUGAGGAAGCAUCCUUGGCACUCUUGACCUACUUUGGCUCUGUCGGCACCACGGUGGUCACAUUGUUCCAGUCGUCUACUUCUGGAGUGGAUUGGAACGAGCCGUACAAAGCCUUGCACUACACUGGGACAGUCAUGCCUUUGGCAUUCCUAGCGUACGUUGCCUUUGUGUUCAUUUCCGUGUGGAACAUUGUGACGAGCACUUUCGUGGAAAAAGCUUUGAAGCUGGCUCAGCCGGAUGUGGACAUGCUGAUCCUCGAGCAGCAGCUUCAAGACUUCGAGGAUUGUAAGAUGCUUUCCAAGUUGUUCCGAAACAUGGGCCCAAAGGAUGCCGAAGGAAGUGGUCGCAUCGGAAUGGAAGAGUUUAGCCGCCUGGUCGAGACUUACGAGUUCAGAUCCUACCUACAGACAAAAGGCAUUGACAUCAAGAACGCGGAAACCUUCUUCAAGAUGCUUGUAGAGCUGCAAGGGGAACACACACUGGAUGCAGCCACAUUUGCCAAUGCCUGUGUGCGCAUGAAGGGCGCUGCGACGAGCAUUGACUUGCAGACUGAAGAGGAUGCGACUGAGCUGCUGCAGCAAUGUCGAGCAAUGCAUCAAGAUCUCAUCAAGCUGGCCAUGGACGAACAGGCUUUGCUCUUCAAGUUGUCGGCGGGACUCCAACGAGUGAAGGAUUCCGAGAGCGUCCAGAUCGGAAUCGAUGCCUCCGACAGUGUCCACAACUACCGCAUGCCAGCAGAAGAAUCCCAUGUUCUGUCAGAGGCAGCUGAAGAGAUCCCGGUUGUUGCAAUGAACAACAUUGACCAGCCGCUCAGUACAGAUAGCAACAUCUAUUACAUUGAGCUCGUGCUGGCAUCCUUCUACGUGGUCGAGCUUCUGCUCAAGAUGAUGGUCCACAAGAUCUACUUCUUUUGGAAUGCUGAGAUGGUGUGGAACUGGUUCGACUUCUUCCUCGUAGUUUUCUCCGUUAUCGAGAACUUGCUCAUUGUGAAGAUUUUGCGUGUGUUCCGCACCCUGAAGUUCUUCAGUGAACUACGCCUGAUGCUGGACUGUGUGCUGGGGUCCCUCAUCAAUGCCAUGUGGUGUGUCAUCAUGCUGGUGUUUGUGAUGUACGUGUUCGGGCUUCUGCUGCAACAAGGAAUUGUGCAGUACUUGAUGGAAGCUCGGAAAACCAUGAGUGCAGAGGCUAAUGAGGCAAUCAUGACGUACUUCGGCAGUGUGGGACAAACCGUCGUUACACUGUUCCAGUCGUCCACUUCCGGGGUGGACUGGAAUGAGCCGUACAAGGCUCUCCUUUUCACAGGGCAGGUCAUGCCGGUGGCAUUCUUGGUCUAUGUUGCUUUUGUGUUCAUCUCAGUGUGGAACAUUGUGACGAGCACUUUCGUGGAAAAAGCUCUCAAACUGGCACAGCCCGACGUUGAUAUGCUCAUCUUGGAGCAGCAGUUGCAGGAUUUUGAGGAUUGCAAGAUGUUGUCCAAGCUCUUCAAGAGCAUGCGCCCCACAGAUGAUGAUGGCACUGAGCGCAUUGGAAUGGAAGAGUUCCGGCAGUUGGUCGAGACAUAUGAGUUCCGGUCCUAUCUUCAGACGCGAGGCAUUGACAUCAAGAACGCGGAAACCUUUUUCAAGAUGCUUGUUGAGCUGCAGGGAGAGCCUAUGAUUGAUGCCACAACUUUUGCCAAUGCCUGUGUCCGCAUGAAGGGAGCUGCGACAAGCAUUGACUUGCAGACAGUUAAAACAUACACAGUGCAAAAGCCGAUGAUGGGCAUGACCGCAUCCUUGUCUGCAGAUGACAAGGAGAAAGCCGCCUCAGUUUGCACUUGUAUUCCUGAUGCCGCUGACGGCGUUGAUGCCGUGAGUGGGCAGGACAGUGUGCAUUACAUCUACGUGUGCGUCAAGGGUACCGCUACCUGUGACAAUACAUUUGCAGCCAAAAUGAGCCGCCCAUGCCUAGCCAGUAGGCGGAUGAAUGGCCGUCCCGACGUGGAUGAUGGCUGCAGUCAGUCGUAUGUUGCGGAUGCUCAAGAAGGCAUGCCUGCCUGCACCGCGGUCUGCUUGAAGGUGGCUGAGGCUAUGCUGAUAGACUACCAGCAACAUCGGGAAUUCCGACAUGAUCUUGCAGAUGGGAUUGACGAUUGUGUUGCUGAUGCCAUCAAGACCCUCCAGGAUCAGAAGGAAGUUCCUUCAUCGAUUUUGGAACUGGUACGGUGCGUCGCUCGCAGCUCACUUGAACAGCUGGAGCCCAUCCACGGCACGGACAGCAUCCUUAUCAUCUUGGCGGGCGGCCAUCCCUGCAUUGGCUAUUUGUUUGAUCCGCGUCCGCACGUCCUGUGCCACACCAGGGGGGGUGGAGUGGCUCGCUUUGAAAACUUGAACCAACUGGCUGCUCGCAUGGAGGAGCUACUUCCAAUCUGCGAAGUAGGUGCAAUGCUUCCCGCUGACCUCACUGGGCUGACGAUUCUUCCAUUCAAGUUGCCAGGUACUGGCAGCUCUAUUGCGUCCUGUUUGAAGCCCUGGCUAAUGCCCUCCUUGCUGUGCCCCAUCUCCCGCGAGCUGAUGGCAGAUCCAGUAUUGGCAAGUGAUGGGUACACAUAUGAGCGUGAAAGCAUUGAACAGCAUUGGCGGAACCAAUUACAAGGAGGAGACGAGCUGCCGCAAAGUGACCCUGCAGAUUGUGGAGCUCGACCAGAACGGCGCGGCCGCACCAGUCCAAUGACAGGAAAUGAGGUGGAUGGCGUUCUCAUGAGCAAUCGAGCUGUGUUGGACUUGAUACGCGGCACAGUUGAAGGAGGCCAUGCUCCACCAGAAGUCCGACAAGAUUGGGAGCUGAGGCGGACAGCUGUGGAGGCCCGGUAUCGACAAGCCACCUCUGAGGUUGCCCGGCCUUUGCAGCUUCUCCAAGCGACAGCCCCUCCUCUGUACCAACGCUCCGCAGACCACGUUCGGCUUGUCUCUAAUGCGGACAGACCUCGAUGGGGCAUGGAAGCACGAAUUCAGCUUGCAAAGACGGGCCUAGCCUGCGAUUUUGUGAGCCUUGACCAGUGGGUGCCCAAUUUCAUGUUCACGCAUUGCAUGGUACCGGCCUGCUCUGCUGCUUUUGUUGCUUUCGGGGCUUUCGGCCGCCGCCGACACCACUGCCGUCGUUGUGGUCGCUUGGUUUGUGGCAGCUGUGCGGCGCACGCUGCAUAUGAUUUUGAGCAGCUGGGCCAUGAAACAGACCCCGAUUUGAUGGGUCACGCUGCGCGAGUUUGUGGUGAAUGCCUGGAAGACAUGUUGGACAGACUCGAGAGGCGAGAGCUUACCUCCAGCGAGUUGCAGCAGGUCAUGGUGCUGGACGCACGGUUGGAGCAGUGGACAAAGCGCCAGGCGGUGCACCACCGAGAAGUGGUCAGAAAGGAGCUUUCAAGAGAAUUCGAGCUUCGACUGGGUUCUGAAGGCAGGCAGAUGCAGGCGAACAACGAAGCCUUGCCAGAGACAGAGCAGGCAACGCACUUGGGCCGUAGAUUGCAGGAGUUGAGCCGAGCGGAUACCACUCGGCUCUCUGAAGAGGAGGCCAUACAGCAUGUGCAGGAAGUAUCCCGGCUUGAAGCAGAGCUGCGCCAAUUGGCUGGCAGUGCAAGGGAGGCUGUACAUGCAGGUAACGAGCCCCGCAGUCAGCAGGUCGCCCGCCUUGACGUGGUAGCCAUGAGAGAGCAAUGGGAGCAACUGGUUCGUCAGGAUAUCCAAGGCCUGAGCCCGGCUGCUGCUAUUCAGCAUGUGCAACGUGUGUCGACUCUGCAGGAUAGCAUAGAAGCGCUUGAGACCCAAAUGGCACUUGGAAUGAGCUGCAGCCAGGCCACUGAGGCCACUCGUCAAGCCACUCGUCAGGCCACUCUGCCUGGGUGUGUUGACGAGUCGCACGAGCUGGUCAACGAUGCUCACGCUUUCCGUCGAUCCGACUGGCCGUUGCCGCUCUCCUUAGAUGUUCCCAUGCAGUGGCCAACUGAGAGAAUGCGACGGCGGGAGCAAAGCCUUCUGUUGGAACGGCGACGAGAGGCACUGUUGGUGCGGGAGGAGUUUGAAGUGCGAAAAGAGCAAAUGCAUCGGGCUCGUGAGAUGCAAAUGCAGCGCGAGCAGGAACGAGAAAGUCUUCGACAACAGGAGGAGGAACGGCGUCGGCUGCAAGAAAUGCAGGCAGAGGAGCGCCGACGAAGGGCAGCGGAACUUGAUGAGCUUGCACGCAGAGCUGUCACCCAAAUGGUGGGACGCGGCAGCGCCCGCAUGUGUCGUCGCUGCAGGGCUGGGCCGAUCAUGAAUGAAAACUGUAACAACCUGGCCACUCACAACCGUGACACUGUCAACCGUCGCAAUGCCAACCAUUGUCCGCGCUGUGGUUGGUUCGACCGCAACUGGCACAAUUGGCCGGAGUGGGAUGGAAUUUACGGCGGCCUCAGCAAGGCAGGGGGAGGAGGCACGCUGGCCAACUUACUGCUUGGAGGUAGCAAGAAAGACAGGGAUAGCUUUGACCGAGCAUUUGCCAAAUAUCCAGUCUGGAGGCAGGCUGUUGACACGGAACUCCGCCUGGCUGCCCAAUGGGAGGAGAGCUGGGGAUUUCUAAAGGAGCAGAAUGCAGAGGCGGACGCAAAGCGUCAGAAGGAGAAGACGGAAGCUUGGCAAGGUUUUACUUCCAACUUGGAUAACUUGGCGAUCACUCCAAGUGAUGACUGGUGGUGGCAGCGUCUCGGGAUUGCAGACGGCCGCGAAAGACAACGGCCACGACAUUCCCGCCACCACCCCUCGAUUGCUCCUGGCAACAUCCCAGCAGGCUUACAGGCAGCGGCCCCCAAUCGAAAAGUUGCCCAUGAAGAAGUGGACAGUCAGGCCUGUGGGCGGCUGUUAGAUCAUGGCGCGAUCCUGAGCUUUGGCCGACCAUCUGUCCGGCGAAAUAGCCGGCGCACUGUUGCUCCUCAGGCCGCUGGAGAGGAAGUCUUCAAAGAUCGGCCGCUGGUAGCGCUGCAGCACAUCUUCUCGCAGCGCAUGAUCUACUGCUGUGCUGGGUGCAUGGUCCCAGUGGGCAGUUUUCGAGAAGUACUUCAGCGGAUCUUGCAGAAUGCCCACGUGACACUAGAGUCAUUCGAUGCACCUCAUGAGCUUUUAGAUCAUCCAGACCUUUCUGGUGUACCACCCUGGCCUUGCCUGACAGAAGGCUGCAAAGCUGUCUUUUGCAGCGAAACUUGCCGUGCGCAAGAAGCUUCCCGGGGUUCUCAUCGUAUCCUGUGCUGCGAGCUGAAGGACGACCCAACACGGAGGAGGGCAUGGGCUUGCUUCAAGUCGUACGCCCGGCAACACUCGGAAAAUCUUCUCCUGGCUGCGUCGGCACUGUCCUGGGCUGUGUGUCAGGUCUUGUACUGGGACAUGCCAGCAAGGCGGGCAGUGGCAGAGCUCCUCGUCUGUGAAAACGCAAGGUGGGACAAACUGGCCUCUUCCAGGAGGCGGCACAAGCGUCAUCGCAUAAUUGCAGAGUCAUGGGCCCUGCUGCUGCAGGUGCUGCUCCCUGCACGAGCCAUACCAGGAAUCGAGAUUCUACUCAACGAGGAGGUGUACUCCAGACUCCUAGGCGAGUUUGACCUGGUGAAUGCCAACAUAGAGUUUGGGCAUCCGUUCCAGGCUGCCUUGGAGCAGCGGGAGCUGCAGCCUUUGUGGGAUGGCUUACGAAAGGCUGGAGUCUGGCAUGCACUGGCAAAGGUCGUGAGUUGUCAACACGAGGAGCCGCUUGUCGAGGACUCAGCAGAGGAGGGGCUGCCCGUCGUGCUAGGCAUUGGCUUGGCUAGACGAGUGGCAUUGAUGAACCACUCCUGCAGGCCGAAUUGCGAGAUCGACUACUGUCACAACAGCACCGCCGUAGUCACUGCAAUUCGUGGGAUACGCAAGGGCGAGGAGCUGACCAUCAGCUAUGUGGAUGAAGACGGUUUGCCUGUGCGCAAACGUCGACGCGCCCUUUGGCUGCUGGAAGCUUAG